GAUUCUCUUAGUGACUGUUGUGUGAAAGAUUUAACUUUACUCUGAAUCUUUUGUUCUUUUCUCUCCUGGAGGUAAAAGUGGACAAACUGAACGUCUCUAUCACAGAGUUGGAGAUGACGUCAUGUUACCUUGUAGAGAUGAAUCCUCCUCUUCUUCAUGCUCUGAUGUUAACUGGCUGUAUACGAAAGAUCCAAAUGCACAAUUUAGAACAGAAGCACAGAAUGGAAAAGUUGUCCAGAGUUCAGUUGGAGCUUCCAGACUGAGUGUGAGCAGUAACUGCUCUCUGUUCAUCAGAAACAUCACUGAUGAAGAUGCUGGUGGAUACAUCUGUCAGCUCAAGAACAAGAAUGAUGCUCAUCUGGUUCUUAAUACUUUCAGCAUUUCUUCAGAUCCACCAGAAGUUCAUCCAAGAGAAAAUGGAAGUUUCACAUUACUGUGUUCACUGAAUAGAUACGAUAAAAGAAUUCCCUGUAAAGAGAACAGCAUCAUCUGGAGGGAUGAGAGAGGAUCUCAUCUGACUGGUGAAGCUGUUUGGUUUGAGUUUAGAGGACAAACAAACUGUGUUUCUGUUCUGACUGUGAAACAUCAGAGUGGAAACAAUAAAAGAAUAACCUGCCAGUUUAUUGAGGACAACAAAGAGAAGAUAAAGGCUGUAUACAGUCUAAACUUUUCAGAUCUUUUGACAAUAGAUCUUCCUGGUCAUAACUUCAUCCUCAUGGUUGGAUCAGUGGUGAAGGUGGUGUUGAUGUUUCUGGGUUUGGUUGCUGCUCUGAUCUACAUGUACAGGAGGAGAACCAAAGAGAAUGAAGAGCAGAGAACUAGAACAAAGAGAAGAACUGUUGAUGGUGAUGAAGACGAUCUGUGAAGAACAAAUGCAGACAAAGACAAAAGACAGAAAACUGAGAAAAAGUUGUUCUUUUUUCUGCUCUUUACAUAUUUUUAUUUGAAUGAGUGCAGAUAUUUUUUUUUCUGUGUUCAUUUUUCUUUUGUCCUUUUUACAUUUUUCAGCUCCAGCAGCUUCAUUUGCUCACAUCUGGCUUCACCUGUAAACUUUAUAACCAUCCUCCUUGAUAAGCAGGAUGGAACUUUAUGGUAAACUUUAAUAAAGGUUGAAAGACAUCAGAUAAAUAUUGAUAUUUGCACUAAAAACCUUUUCUUUUCCAGCUGUUUUGUCUGGUUACAGAAACUGUAAAUAUGUGGAGUUCCUCUUUCAGGCAGCAGGUGGCAGCAAAGAGAAUUGACUCAUUCAGUCCUAAAAGAGAAGGAAGUAGAGAUGAAGACUCUGAUGAUGAAGAUGAGAGCAAUUCUUCUUUAGAAGUCAGAUAAAGAGUUUCCUCCAGUCAUAAUCCCAUCAUUGUGUGUUUCAUGUAAAAAGUAUCAAACCAAAUUAGUAUUUAUCAACUGUAUUAAAUAAACUCUCCUGAAGUACAGGAACCCAGCCUGCAUGGUCAAGUUGGCCCAUAUGGUUUCAAAGUGUGCAGAAAAUGUGGGAAUCAAUCGGGUUUUCCUGGAGUUUCUGUGUUUGUCUAGAGCAGCAAACGUUUCUGCUCAGAAACUCUAAUUA